GCGUUGGUGAGACCUGGUCUAGACCCCGUGUGAUUUGGGUGGAACGAGAUGACAAGCAGUACGUAGACCUGGAUGUAUGGGAAUGAUUUUUGAUCUCUGACCGCAUCUCAUGUAACCUUUACUUGCUUUCCAUAUUCCAUUUCGAGAUCAAGGAGCCGCAAGUAGGACACCGCAGGCCAUGACGCAUUGUCGUACGAAGACAUCCUUCUCCUUGCUGGCUUACUGCAUCAUACACACUACAGCUAAGUAGAUUGGUACUUCUUACACAAACGUACGCUCUGCACCUGCAGGCAAACAGCGCAGCGGCUCGACCAACCCGUCCUGCUUCUCAUCCUGAAGCAUCCGACCAAGCAUGUUGUUCUCGACCUGCAGCGGCGAUAAUUCUCUCGGGCCUACGGUUGACAGUUGCCGCGAUGGAUUCGACUUCACCAUCCACUUUGAGACGCUUGUCUUUUCGCUGAUACCUUCAGCAUUGUUCAUCCCCAUAUCGCUGUGGCGAACGGCCGUGCUCAGCCAGAAACCAGCCAUCGUUCACGCACGCAGCCUCCAGCUCGUGAAGCUGGUUGCAUUUUUGCCAUAUCUUGGUCUACAGCUGACAUUGGUCGUGCUCGUUGGGUUGCGGUCAUUUAACGUCACUGAUCUCUUCAUCUCAUCCGCGGUCCUGCAGUUUCUCGCCGGGCUUUGUAUGCUCGGGCUGUCCUAUUUCGAGCAUGGUCGGUCGCCACGAUCAUCUCUCUUAUUGACCGGGUUUCUGCUCCUAACUCUCUUGUUGGACAUCGCCGAGACCCGUACGUUCUGGCUAGCUUCCAACCUGAGUUCAGAACUGCGAUAUGCGGGCAUCUUUACGGGAGUGAUCGCAACGAAAGCUGUCUUACUAGCUGUGGAGUCCACAAAUAAGAGCAAAUGGGUGCGGUGGGACACAGAUGAACCUCAUAGCCCAGAAGAGACCUCGGGAAUAUUCGGAUUAGGAGUUUACUUCUGGUUGAACUCACUCUUUCUGAGCGGAUACCGGAAAAUUCUACAGCUGGAUGAUCUUUACCCACUCGAUCGCUCUCUAAAGAGUCACUCGCUGCACCAGCGCUUCCAACACCAUCUGGACUACGAAAAGCUCAGGCGAGACGACUACGGGCUUUUGAAGGUGCUCAUGCGGACACUUACUUUCCCUCUCCUGCUUCCUAUUGCCCCACGACUCGUCGAACUGGGCUUCAAGUUCUGUCAGCCAUUUUUCAUCAACAGUCUUCUCAGUUUUUUGUCGCGAGAUGAAGACAGUAAUUCGUCUAACUUCGGCUAUGGCUUGAUUGGCGCAAGCAUACUGAUUUACGGGGGGAUGGCCCUUUCGAUGGCUGUUUACCAGUAUCUUUCCUACCGGUGUCUUCAGAUGGUACGAGGGUGUCUCGCAGCUGCCAUCUACAACAAAUUGACCGAGGCACAAGCUGUUGCAGGGGACGAAUCCGCAGCAUUGACACUGAUGAGUGCCGAUUUGGAGCGGAUCAGAUUUGGAUUCAGACCCAUCCAUAAUUUAUGGGCUAGCGUCGUUGAGGUGGGCAUUGCGAGCUGGCUGCUCUACAACCAGCUUGGCCUCGUCUUCUUGGCGCCUGUUAUUGUUGUGAUAUGCUGCUCCUUGGCAAUAUUGGUCAUCGUGAGACAUAUUGGAGAUUCUCAGAAAGCCUGGAUGAGUUGGGUACAGAAACGAGUGGGCCUGACUGCAUCUGUGGUUGCCAAAAUGAAGAGCGUCAAGAUGUCUGGGCUGACGACCCCGAUAACUGAUUCUAUUCAGCAACUUCGAGUAGACGAACUGGCAGCCAGUGGCCGCUUCCGGGGACUCACUGUGGUUUCGUCGGUUAUUGCCUUUACACCCCUGCUUCUGUCACCUGUCUUCACUUUUGCGGUCGCCCAAAGGUCUCUUGAUUCGACCAAGAUCUUUACAUCACUAUCAUACAUUGUUUUGUUAGCAACGCCGCUUUCAACACUGUUUCAGGACAUUCCCCUGUUUUUCUCCGCUGUUGCCUGUGUUGGCCGGAUCCAAAAUUUCCUGGCGAGCGAGUCUCGCGAAGACUUUCGCGCGUCACUCUUGAAUGUCACCAUUGCGGAAGGGAACGAGAAGAUGGCCAACGGUACUAGCCAGCUCCCCGGCUCAGAAAGUCAAUCUGAUUCGGCCAUUCUCAUCAGAGAUGGCAGAUUUGGUUGGGAAGCUGACAACAUGGUUCUGAACGAUAUCAACAUUGAUAUACCGAAGUCUGCUCUCACUAUCGUCUGCGGUCCAACUGCGUCGGGAAAAUCAACUCUUUGCAGAGCCAUAUUAGCGGAAAUACCAUUUCACGACGGGAGCAUUGUUUUCACUGACGCUAUUUCUCGCGUGGCAUACUGCGACCAAGAACCCUUUUUGUCGAACGGGACUAUCAAGGACAACAUUGUCGGGUCUGCACCUUUCGACCGGGGACGUUAUUCCGAUGCCAUGCAUGCGACGAUGCUUGACAUCGAUAUUAAAUCGGAAUCGUUGCCUCAAGCAGACCAUAAAAAUAUUGGCAGCAACGGAAUCGUUCUUUCUGGUGGUCAAAAACAACGUGUCGCAUUGGCGCGAGCCCUCUAUCUCGAGUCUGAUCUGCUCAUCCUUGACGAUGUCUUUAGUGGACUAGACAACGAGACCGAAAAACAAGUUUUCAAUCGAAUCUUUGGUCCCACGGGCCUCACCAGGCGGCGAAAGUCAACUGCCAUUCUCUGCACUCAUUCCACUGGCCACCUCUCAGCUGCCAAUCACAUAAUUGCUCUCGGCCCCAACGGCACCGUGAUUGAGCAGGGGAACUUCGAAAGUCUCGUUCAAAGCGAGAGCGACUACAUUAAGUCUCUCUCCGUUGAGACCCCCACUGAGACUAUUUCAACACCAGAAGUACGGACCGAGAGUGGCAUGGAGGAAGCAGGCCAUUGCCAAGUCAGCCCGGAGCCCACGGCUACUUCAAAACUCAGCAUGGAAGAGGCCCAAAAACGACAACUUGGCGACGGAGGCGUGUACAAGCACUACUUCAAGUCGAUGGGCUAUCCUUUGGCAGCCUCGAUAUUCACCUGGGGGGCCGUUAUCGGGUUCUCAUACAAUUUCCCGACUAUCUGGCUGACUUACUGGAGCGAUGACUCGUCUGCAGCGCAUCCGUCCCACGCGUUCAGCUACUACAUUGGCAUAUACGCACUACUCAAUGUUGGGUGUGUGCUGUGCAUGCUUGGCCUUGGAAUCACUGUCUUCUACCUAGCUGUUGUGAAAGCCGGCGCCAGCCUACACAGCGACGCGUUAAGAACUAUGAGCCGGGCUACUCUGAGCUUCUUCACGAAAACGGACCAAGGACAGAUCGUUAAUCUUUUCAGUCAGGAUAUGAACCUCAUUGAUACGGAAUUACCCAAUGCCCUUCUUGACUCUGUCUUCUGCGUUUUCGUAGCUAUUGGUCAAGCCGCUGUUCUAACGACGACCUCACCGUAUAUGGCCAUCAGCUAUCCAUUCCUUGUUGCGAUUCUAUGGUUCAUCCAAAAAUACUAUCUACGGACUUCGAGGCAGUUACGUCUGCUUGACUUGGAGACAAAGACACCUUUAUACACUCACUUCAUAGACACGGCGAAAGGAAUUGUUACUCUGCGUGCCUUUGGUUCCGUCGCUGAAGACCUGAAAAAGAACCUUCAACUUCUAGACACAUCCCAAAGGCCCGCCUAUCUACUUGUCAUGAUUCAAAACUGGCUGAUCCUUGUAUUGGGACUUGUAGUCAUGGUAAUUGCAGCGAUUUUGACCUCGCUUGCAGUGAAGCUCCGGGCCAGCUCAGGAUUCACCGGCGCCUCCCUCGUCACGUUGAUGUCUUUUGGCGACCAGCUUACUCAGAUCGUUAUUUUCCUGACUCAACUGGAAACCAGUCUCGGCGCUAUCGCUAGGCUCCGGAGCUUCAAUGCAACAGUCCAGCCUGAGGCACGCGAACGAGAAGACAUAAUCCCACCUGAGAGGUGGCCACAACAGGGCCAAAUUGAGUUGAAGGAUGUUUCCGCAACCUAUAGUACCGAAUGUAGGCAAGAGGACGCCGACACUGCGCAACCCUCACUAGCUCUUCGCAAUAUCAACCUCAGUGUGAAAGCGGGGGAAAGAGUCGCCAUCUGCGGACGUACUGGAAGUGGGAAAUCUAGCCUCGUCGCUCUCCUUCUCAAACUGCUCGACCCUAUGCCUGGGGCAGCACAGGGGGGGACGAUCUCGAUAGACAACACGGCUCUUGAUCGAGUUGACCGCACCACUCUCCGCCGGAGGAUCAUUGCCGUACCACAAGAGUCAGUGUUUCUGCCGGAUGGCUCAACAUUCAGGGCCAACCUCGACCCGUUCGCCGCCGCAGACAUGGCCGAUUGCCAAACCGCCCUCGAGGCCGUUGCGCUCUGGGCCAUGGUUUCAGACCGUGGGGGGCUCGAGGCAGCCAUGAGUCCUGAUACUUUGAGCAUCGGGCAGAAACAGCUCUUUUCCCUAGCGCGGGCAGUGGUGAGGCACCGUGUCCGUACGAAGCAUUCUGUGCUUGGCCCUGUCCCCGCUGUUGAGGACACUGUUGCCGGGGGUAUCUUACUUCUGGACGAAGUGAGCUCUAGCGUGGACGGCGAAACCGAAAAGAUGAUGCAGGAUGUCAUCAGGCGCGAAUUCAGGAAUUACACGGUGUUGGCUGUCUCGCAUAGGCUAGACAUGAUUCUCGACUUUGAUAGAGUAGUUGUCAUGGACCAGGGCGAGAUGGUUGAGGUUGGCAACCCAAAGACCUUGUCUGAACAGCGAGGGACAAGAUUUGGUGAGUUGUGGAAGGCCGGUGGGAAGUAGAGGAUGGUUUACGAUCUUGUCAAUAGUUAGGAGUAUUAGCAUAGAGGUAGGAGAAUGGUAGGGGGUUGCGAAAGAGGUCAUUGAUAGUUACGGACAUGGUGAGAAGCCUUAUAGUUUUCUGAAUUAGAAUCAUUUAUUGAAAUGGAUAAGUAGAAUCCAUUUUCUCUAGCAAGCAAGGACUGGUUUAGUAUGGUCUUCAUUCCGACUGCAUAGGUAUAUGAGAAGCCUAGUCUGAGUUUCAUCAUCUCUCUUGCUUGGCGAUUUAGCAAAC